UGAGCGUGUGUACGCGAGAGAAAGAGAGAAAGAGAGAGGAACGGUCGAGAGGAGUAUAGAAGAGAUAGAGCGAGAAAGAAUGCCGUUUUAUACGCGUUCGCAUUCAGUCUGCCUGUGGCGUUCGUGCCAGUCGUGUUCCAUUGCUUCUUUCAGUUUUUUUUCUUCUAUUUUCCUUUUCUAGUUUACACGGCCUCUUUGUCGUCGGGGAAACGAGCUAAAACAGAAAAUACAAAACACGACAGUUGACUGAUCGGCACCGCAGCUCUCGGAUAGAGAUAACGAUGUGCUUUUUCCUCGUAGACUCGUGACCAUCUUCGUAAACACCGUGAUGCCGUAAUUUGGAUAGGUAAAUGUUGAUCGAACGGAACGAACGAGAUAUUACCAAUAACCAUUACGAGUCGUCAAAUGGAUGAGCCCACGACAGUGUCCCAGGAAGCAUAUGCUCGAGCGAUUCAAUCGUCGGAACCAGACUCCGACAAACAAAGAACCACAUGCUCAAAAGCGGGCAACUGCACGGGAACCGACGAUGGCAAUUUGCUGAAAGUUCCUCAACGUAAACUGUCCGUAUUUUAUCGAUCGUUCGACGUGAUCGCGUCGAAGAAUCAAGGAGAGGCGUACGAAUUUCGACGAACCUCCAGCAGUCCGUCCGUUCGUCUCGAAAGGACGCAGGAUACGGAAUGGAAGAGUAACGACGCUUACGAGGAAACGAGCUCGUGCAAGAAAGGGUUCGUGAACAAUUGUCGUUCGUUGAUCGAGAGCGGCAAGUUUCUAAGCGGUUCGUCCCUCGAUCGUAUCACGGAAAGGACGAACAGCAACCCUCAAUUCUCCGCGACGAAGUCCGUGCCGCUUUCGGCGUUCAAGCUGCCGCGAGUUAGGGAGAACACGUUCGUCGAUCACAAUGCUGCGACAACCGACGCGUCGUCGAUCGAAAAGCACUUCGAAUCGAACGUCAAUGGGAACGACGGUCGUAAAGAUGCCAAUGAAAAUGUCGGCGCCGUUUCGCGCGAGAACUCGUCCCCCGGAUCCGACGAUUUCUUCUUCGUCGUCGACGCCGAAUCGCCUACCGACGAAAAAUACGAAAAUGGUAGGAGAGACUCCUCCGUCGACACGACGAGCGAUUUCGUGUCCAAACACGAUCCACGAUCGACGGCAUCGGGGACUCGAUGCAACGGUCCGAUCCUCUCGUUCGCAGACCUGGCUAAGAUCAAAGAUUCGACGUCGCCCCGCGCGUUUUCGGACGCCUCGAGUGCCGUACGUCUUGGAGAAUAUACAUCAGUCCGUCCCGAAAUGUCGAAUCACCCGGAUAGCUCGAUCGGUUCCGAUAACGAGGACGACUCGAUCGGGGAAAACGUGGACGCAACCUGUGCGUCGGUUGCUGUGACGAAAAACGAGACAGCAGAGAGUGGUAACGUUCCCUCGCAACCCUCGUCGUCUUUUUCGCUCGGUGAAGUCCCGAGGAAACCAGAUUCGACCGGGAUCGACAACAAAAAGAGAACGAAAGACCUUGCGGGAUUUCGAUCGACGCAAGCGAAGCGACAAAAUUUCACCGCCGCGAGAAGAUCCUUGUCCGAAAGCGACAGCGAGCAAUACCAGAGCGCGAAACGCUAUUGCGGGUGCGGUAAACAGGCGUCGUCCAACGAUUGGGAACAGGUGCGAGCUUUUCCUAGUUUCACCGACGCCCGACUACGAAGCAUGAAGUUAUUAAAUUCCGAAGAAAUGAACUCUUUGUACAGAGAAAACUUCGCGUUGUCAGAAAACGAGCUCGAGCGCAAGUACAUUGCAUUCUCGAUAGGGCUCAGUAUAGACAGGAUCACUUUGCAUCGAAGAUUAACAUUGUCGCGACGACAACGGGAUUUGUCGGAACGUAACUUUACAAACGAGAUCCAAGGGAUGCAGGAAGAUAUACAGGAACUGUCGCCGCUGUGUACGGAUAGAGAAUCAAUGGAGAAAGUAGAAAAGGUCCGUUGCCGGCUGGACACUAUAAAGAAAUGCGCCUACAGGAACUGUUAUGCUUCUGAAACUCUUGGCGCAGUGCAACAAGAGCAGAGGAUCUGUGGAGGAGUUUCCAUAGCCGACAAGUAUCUUCGGAUACUGCGUUCCAAGUGCGAAAAUUUGGCCACAGAGAUCGCUGAGAUCAAACGGAUUUUAUUGAUGCACAAUAUCGUGAUCGAAGAAGGCACAGGAGAGAUAGGCGACGAUGUAUCGAAAUUACGAUACUCCAAUAAUCGAACAAUGGUGUCGAGAAGAAGAGCCAGCAUCGCAACGAUUUCAGGACCUACAUUUUCCCAAGAUCCGAUAAAAGAGGGCCCCAGGCAACGUAAUUCCGUCUCAGGCAGAGUUACUCUAUUGACACAAAGGAGACCAUCGCUGUGCUCCGAAGUGCAAAGAUGGGAAAACGAUAAAUUAAACCGAACGGACAGCUCUAAUAGCGUCACCGAGUUACGUGACAUUUCUGAACAAACCGAGUCGAGAAGAAACUCUCUGGAAGAGAACAAUAAUCUUCCAAGAUGCGAUCGGAUCGGUAACACCGAGACUGUGAAUUGUGACGUUAACAGUAACGUAGAAAAUGAAAAUCAACCAUCGUCGUCAUCGUCGUCGUCAUCUUCCUUAGAGCUCAACAUGACGAAAAAUGUUGAGAAACAAUUCAAAACAUGUAUACAAAAGGCCGAACCUUUGCGAAUAACGUCACAUUUUCAUACAUGGCGGCCGAUACUGUGGUGCUCGUUGGUCUUUUUUCUUGGAUUUUAUGCAAAUUACAUAACUUCAUCGGCGAACACGUGCGAACACAUUGCUACCCUAACGAGUUAAACAAAUUUCAAUUGUAAGAUCUAGAAAGUUAAUUUUGUCUGACGGGGUGAUACAGUAUUAAAAGUUUACUUUCAGUGUAAAAGUAUUUAUAGGGCAAAAAUAAUGAAAGA